AUGGCUGUGAGCAGAUGGAUGUUCGUAUUUACUCUGGUGAACCUUCUGGCUCCAGAAACACAUGCUCAACUUGAUGUAUGCGGCACUGCUCCACUCAACACCAGGAUAGUUGGAGGUGAAGAUGCUCCAGCUGGAAGCUGGCCCUGGCAAGCCAGUCUGCAGAUAUUUGGAAGUCAUGGUUGUGGUGGUUCCCUCAUCAACAAAGAGUUUGUGCUUUCAGCUGCUCACUGCUUCUCUGACUCAGAUCCAGAGGGUUGGACUGUCGUGUUAGGUCGGCAAAACCAGCAGGGUACCAAUCCAAAUGAAGUGUCCAGAACUAUUGCGGAAGUAAUCUUACAUCCCAACUAUGACAGCAUCACCAGUGACAAUGACAUUGCUCUGCUCAGACUCUCCUCACCAGUCCAGUUCACAGACUACAUCAGACCUGUGUGUCUGGCAGCAAGUGACAGUGUGUUCAACAACGGCACUGAUAGCUGGGUCACCGGCUGGGGAGCAGUUGCAGAGGACGUGUGGUUACCGUUUCCUGGAACUCUACAAGAAGUGGAGGUGCCAGUUCUGGGAAACAGACAGUGCAACUGUUUGAAUGGAGUCGGCACAAUCACAGACAACAUGAUCUGUGCUGGUGUUCUGGCAGGAGGCAAAGACUCAUGUCAGGGAGACUCAGGAGGUCCAAUGGUGAACCAGCAGGGCUCGGUGUGGGUCCAGUCUGGAGUUGUCAGUUUUGGUUUUGGCUGUGCUCGGCCCAAU